ACGAGGGCAAAAUAUUUGAAACUGGCUUCCAUGAGCUGGGAAGAGAAGUCGAAGGUAUGGGUUACUCUGAAGAUAGGUGUACGAUAUCUGCCACAAGGCUCUGUUGGCGCUUGGAAACAUAAUCAAAGUCUUACCGUCCUUCUAAGGGCGACCUUGCGACAGUAGGUUUCUGUUUUCCAAAAGAAAAAGAUUCAGAAAUUUUCGUUUGUAAACGUUAUAGAGAUCACUUUAAAAUUGUCAUAGACUCCUCGAGAUGAUUAUUCUGACGUGCAUGAGGUAAAUGGGAAAUGUAUUGUAGUUGUGUGACCAAGAUAGAAUGUUGAACGAAGUUGCUUUAAAAUCCAUGUGCCUGGAGUGUGAAACUGAAAAAACCCUGAAUCCUUCGAUCGUGGGGGGUUCUAACCCUCACCUUCUGCUUGCCGAUCAAAUGGUUUACAGAGAGCGCAUUAGAGGCCAAAGAAUAACGGGAUUCAUAUCAACAAAUGCUUGACGCUGCUAGGAUCAUUUAUAUCGUCAACACUCCUUGUAUAAAUACAGUAAGGGAGAUUAAACUUUUUUUCGAAUGAACGAAGAGGUAGGUCAUUAAUCAAGACCGAACAACAAGGGAAAAAAGUCCAAUUUCACACCCGGGUGUUACACGAUUGGUUGCCUCAUGUUUGGUUUAUUUUGUUAUCUUUUCUCUAUGUAAUUAAUGUUUUCUGUUGAUAACUUAGGAGCCAUGGCUUACCGCGGCGAUCUCAUCGCCUGUGAAGUUGAUUUUAGGGGAGUUCCCGAGGGAAAAGUCUCGGUGUUGUUCUUCUUGAAUGGUAUAAAAAUAGCGCGUUCUUCAGUGGAGUAUACCGAGGGAAAUAAACUAUUUCCCUUCGUUUCAUUGGGAUUUGAAGGCAUUACAGUGCUCAGCAAGGUAUGUUCAAGUUUGUGUAAUUUUAAUGUUUGCGAACAUUUACAAACUAUCCAACCUUUUACCAAAAGGCUGUGCCCUGAUUGCUUUAAGGCAAGAACAGGCAAAGAGCGCGUCGAUCUCAUCUAAUUUUAUUUCAAACACAUCUGUAUUCCACAAUUGUGGAAUUUAAAGUCUCAAGUUGACAACUUUGAUCACCGCUGCCCUAAAUUUUUGUCUUUUUCAUUUUUAAAUUUGAGACGUUUGAUUUUUGCACGUUUUAGAUGUGCGAUCCUGACAGAGACUAUUUUAGUAGAGUAACAAAUGAAGACCUUCAGAAUGAAAUUGGAGAUCUGCGACGUGAUUUUCAGGAUCAACUUACCGAGCAAAGGAGGAUGUUAAUGUCAGAAAUGAGAGAUUUAGUACUGCGUCUGAAGGAAGUAAAGGAUAAAGAAGAACAAGAAGAAGAUACUAAGAGGCUGGACGGAGGAAAGCAAAGAAGAUUUUCAUCUCCACAGUAGUUGUUCGAGAACAUUUAUUCAGCUUAGGCGCAAUCCAAAUUUGUGUGAAUCCCUGUAAUCUUAAAAUUCCUCUAGUCUCGAAUGAAGAUAGUGGCAGAAGAUAUUUGUUUAUCUUAUACUUAGAUUAAUAUUUCUUUCGAAUGUAAGCGCGAGGCGGGCACGAAGGGCGAGUCACACGCGAGGAGAGAACUUUACAUCUGUGCAACUAAUGCGUAUGUGAUCCCGGUGAACAAAAUG